AUGGAGAAAAAAACAAAAGUGAAGCAUGCUACUAACAGGCCAAACAAGGGCAAGCAACAACGUCAAGCCGAAAAGAAAUAUAAGAGGAAAAAUGAUUUGGAUUCUCCCCGGAGUUUGAGACCUCGUCGAGAGGGUGGUCAAAAUUUAAAUGCUUACCACCGAAGGGGCUCGGGGAGUAAAGCCAAAGCGAUCCACAUCAAUGACCCACCACUUCAAGCGGAGCAACCAGCACAAGAAGAAUCUGAUUCUGAUACACCUACUGAAGAAGGAGGCGGUGAUAGAGAAGUUGAUGAAGAAGAAAGAAAUGAUGGACAAGAAAGUGAGGAAGGUGAUGAAGAAGAAAGUGGGGAUGAGGAUAAUGGAAAAGAAAGUGAGGAUGAAGGUGAUGGAGAAGAAAGUGAGGACGAAGGUGAUAGAGAGAUAGGAGAAGUUGAAGAACAAUUCCAAGGAGGAGAAGUUCAACAACAAGUCCAAGGAGGAGAAGUUCAACAACAAGUCCAAGGAGAAGACGCUCAAGAUGGUAAGAAGAAAGAGAAAGGGGACCACAUGCCCGACCCAGAGAAGAUGUUUCCUCGAGUCCCUAAUGAUCCUGUGAAAGGGUUACCCGGUGAUGGAGGACGAGAUCACAAGGAUUUCGUUCAUCGUAUGAAUCCAGGAACGUCAGGGACUAUGAUGAAGAGCUGUCCACUACAAGCUAUAGAAUCAACCAUCGGAGAAGGUGAGGAAGUAAUCGAUCUAAUCCAAUCUACGGGGUUGUUGCAUGCGGUCGAGAAUUUGGAUCUUGGUUACGACAAACCUCUUUGUUCCGCCUUUGCCGAGAGAUAUUACGGGGAAACGAAUACUUUUCAUCUUCUGUUUGGCGAAAUGACGAUGACCCCAAAUGAUGCGAAGUUCAUUACUGGGCUAAGCAUAGAUGGUAAAGCCGUGAAACACAAAGAGUACGUGCAAGAGCUUGAUUGGGACAAUAUUUACGCCACCAAGGAAGUGUUCCAAUGGGAUGAGGAGAUGACCAAGUUACAAAUGCUAGUAGGCAAAGCAAAGCGGAGGAUAUUCCAUCUCUCGAAAUUGAGGGCACUCUUCAGUGGAACAAAGAAACUUCGUGCUGAGGGAAAAGAGGUGACCAAGGAACGUAUCUUCGCCACAGCCAAUGUGUAUGUCCUCUACGUCCUGGGAUCUGUUAUCUUUCCCGACGUUUCUGGUGCCCUUGUGAACGCCAAAUUUAUUCAGCUGUUGCAAACAUUUGAGAAGAUCCUUAAGUACUCUUGGGGCACUGCCAUCCUUGCUCACUCGUUGAACGAGUUGAGAAAGGCUUCGAGGGCUAAGAGGAACCAAAUCGGAGGGAGCAUGGCUUUUCUGCAGGCGUGUAUAUAUUUGCAUUUCCCAAUAUUUGCUGCAAGGGAUUUUGAGAAUAAAGAAUGGGACGGUAAGUGUCAUGGAGACAUGUACAUCUACAAGAGUAAGGAAAAGGACCAAGAUGUGUUUAUUUGA